AUGGGCGCUUUUGCCCAGCUGCGGCUGCUGUUAUGGAAAAAUUUCAUGCAGCAGGUCCGGUCACCAUGGUUCACCAUUAUGGAAUUUUGUGUGCCGCUGAUUCUGAUCGGGGCUUCAUUUGGGUUGAUGAUUGGGCUUCGUAAUACCUUCGAGAAGCAUGAAAACCAGAAAAAUUACGGCCGCUGGCCGAUCACGGGGCAAGCUGUCGAUCUCAUCGUUCCACCGGAUAUCGCUAAUCGGGAAAAUGCUACGUUGAAGGGUAUGAUCUUGGAUGCAUCGAUUUUUGCAACGGGAAACCGAACAGAAUGUCAGUUCCUGCAGGUGAAUAUAACGGACAAACAUUAUGAUGUUGGUGUACGGUUGGCGUAUGCCCCAAGGACAAAUUUCACAGAUGAGGUCAUGCUGCGCGUCCAGGAUGGAUACACCGGAACGCUUGACGCCUUCUUCAUAGAACUGCAAAGCAUUCUCGGUGCGGCCAUCACAAUGAAUGUCGUAGCCGAUAUUACGCCAUACAAUACCGCCGAUGAAUUGAAGAAUGCAAUGGUUAAGGAUUUCACAACCCAAUGUGACAACCCGCUAUGGGCUGGGAUUGUGUUCGACGAUUCUAUUGCAAAUAAUCUGGAUACGGCUAUAAAUCUCACCUACACUAUUCGGCUGGCAAAUACGAAGCGGAGACAGGUCCGAGGUUUUGAUGACAGUAGUGGAAUGCCAUGGGAUACAAAACAAAAAUUCGCCGUCCAAUACAUUAGUGGACCCAUCAACCCAAAGGACAUCGAUGGAGGAGAUCCAGGAUACUGGGAGGAAGGCUUCAUGUCUAUACAAAAAGCUGUCGAUACUGCCAUGCUCAACUAUCUCGAUAAGAGAAAUAUCACGAAGGUCCAAAACGUUACAGGCUGGAUCGGGGAGCAGGAGGUUGGGCGUUACCCAUUCCCGGAGUAUACACGCAAAAUCAUCGAAGUUGGUGCCUAUUUCCUGCCGGUUGUGAUCAUCUUUUCCUACAUGACAUCCGUGAUCUACAUUGUCCGCUCAAUUACCAUGGAAAAAGAAGACCGUUUGAAGGAAUACAUGCGAGUGAUGGGACUCUCACAAUGGGUGCUUUGGGUGAUCAUCCUUACCAUCCUCAUGCAAAUUGUCGCCAAAAAAUCGGACGGUUUUAUUAUAUUCCUUUUCUUCACACUGUACGCCUAUAACGCGACCUAUUUUUCGUUUAUGGUCUCGACAUUUAUGCAAUCUGGUAUGGCCGGUACGAUGUUGGCGGUGCUCGGAUGGAUGUUGUUAUAUUUCUGGUACGCCUUCUUCUCGGGAAUGGACACAGCCAAACCCUACGAUUUUGGCGUCAGAAUGAUAAACUGCAUAAACCCAAAUAAUGCGCUAUUUUUUGGCAUUAACAAGAUUGCCCAAUAUGAGACGCAGGGUGACGGUGUGAAAUGGGGAAUCCUAUUCAGCCGCGCAUCGCCCGAUGAUCCGCUAACCCUCGGCCAUAUGUUUAUCAUGCUCAUCAUCGAUGGCCUGAUAAUGAUGUACAUCACCUGGUUUGUCGAAGCGGUCAACCCUGGAGGCGAAGGAGUUCCGCAAAAGGUCUACUUCAUGUUCCAGCCAUCCUAUUGGUUUCCCCAUCACGCAGCCAAAAAAAGGGAUGCGAGCGCCCAGACUGGUGGAAAACCCAUUGAACUCGACUAUGAUGCAAAGUGUGAAGAAGAACCCCGUGGACUUCGAGCUACCAUUAAUGUCGUUAACCUUUGCAAGAAGCUCUUUGACUGCAAAUUUGGAAAGGAGGGUGAAAAGCGAGCUGUGAAUGGGCUGAACUUGAAAAUGUAUCACGGACAAAUCACGGCACUGCUUGGCCAUAAUGGAGCCGGAAAGAGCACCACUUUUUCGAUGCUUACUGGUGUCGCCGCGCCAUCUGGUGGCACGGCUUACAUCAACGACUACGAUAUCCGGGAUGCUUUGCCACAAAUUCGCAAGCAACUCGGACUUUGCCCGCAGUACAACAUUCUGUUCGGAACCCUGACGGUAUUUGAGCACCUUGAGUUCUUCUGCAAGAUGAAGGGCCGCCCAUGGGAUCCGGAAGAGGCUUUGAGCAUUCUGAACCGUUUGAGAAUCGAGUUCAAGAAAGAUUUCCGAGCUGGUGCUCUCUCUGGUGGGCAGAAGCGUAAGCUUUCCUUGGCCAUCGCCCUGAUUGGAGGCUCCGAGAUUGUUAUGUUGGACGAGCCGACCUCAGGUAUGGACCCUGGAGCUCGACAUGAGACCUGGACGCUCUUACAAGAAGAAAAGAAAAAUCGCACAAUGCUCCUCACAACUCACUUCAUGGAGGAGGCCGACCUUCUCGGUGAUCGUAUCGCUAUCAUGGCCCAUGGAGAAUUGCAAUGCUGUGGAAGUGGAAUGUACUUGAAGAACCAAUACGGAGCCGGGUACCAUUUGACGAUUGUCUACGGAAGACCCGGACAAAAUGCCGCGUUGCCUGAAGAUGUCCGAAAUACACACGAUUUGUUGAGAAGAUUCUGCCCGGAUGCGAUAUUGCAAUCUCAUGUUGGCCAGGAAGCAUCCUUUUUGUUGGCGGCAAGCAAUAGACCAAAGUUCCCCGAAAUGUUCCGUACCCUGGAGGGCAACAAGGUCCAGCUUGGAGUAUCUUCCUUCGGUGUCUCGAUCACGACUAUGGAAGAAGUUUUCUUGAAGGUCGGUGAUCUGGCUGACGAACGUAUGAAGAUCCAUGACGAAGAAAAUGAAGAGACGCCACUACAGGAGCAAGAGCGCUACAUUAAACAACUGCGCGUAACUACUCGGCUCACUGGAUUUGCUUAUCAAAUGCAACAUUUCAAGGCGAUGUGGAUCAAGCGUAUUAUCUAUUUCCUUCGGAAAUGGACGAUUUUCAUUCCGCAGUUCCUGAUCCCGAUUGGAUACCUUGCGCUUUUGCUGUGGACCUCAAAGAUGAGCCCCAGUGCUGAGGAACAGGAUAGCCUUGCCGUCAACAUUUUCGAAUAUGCCAGUGGAGGAAAGCCUGCCUUCUUCACAUGCACAAAUGACCCGAGCGAGACCCAAUAUUUAAAUGCAACCCUGCGGACAAGAGCACCGGUUGAUAUACAAAUCGAUAAUAGCUUCACCAGCGUCGAACAGACGAGUAAUUGGAUUAUUGAGCAGACCAAUAAGCAGGGCUCACGCGGUUUUGGACUUCAUAAUCCGGUCUCGCUAACGACCUCAAUGUUUGGAAAGAUAGCCUUGUUCAACAACUUCGGACUCCAUUCCCCUGCCCUAGCGGUCAGUAUCGCUGACUCGGUGGCGCUCAGUGAAGCAAUCGGAAAGCCCUAUACGAUCAAUGUCUGGAAUCAUCCCCUGCCUCCAGCUACCGCGGAUAAAUUGAAGAAUAAAGAUGCCCAGUCCGGAGCUGGUUUCUUGAUUGCUUACGCCAUCAUCAUUUCCGUGUCAAUGGUCGUUUCUGGGUUCUGUUCAUUUAUUAUCCGUGAGAGAAAGAAGAAGUCCAAGCACAUGCAGAUGCUUUGCGGUGUUCGAGCUUGGAUGUACUGGUGGACAGCAUGGUUGUGGGAUGCUAUUCAAUACUUGCUCACGGUUGCCGCUUUCGUGGGGUUGUUUGCCAUUUUUGAUAUCACGGAAUUCACAAAAGGCGGAAAGACACUCGGCACCCUAUACUUGGCAUUUGUCCUGUUUGGCUGGAACGACAUUCCAUUUGUCUAUUGGUUCUCCUUCAUGUUCAACACGGCGCCGAAGGGUUAUACGCUAAUCGUUAUGUACCAUAUCAUCUCUGGAAUGAUCGGGACGAUCGCUAUUCCCAUUAUUCAACAAACGGCAAGUGAUGAUGCUGCCCAUACCUGGAGCAUUUUCUUCUCGUUUUUGUUCCCAGUUUAUAACAUCGCAAACGUUAUUACCACGCUCUAUAACAACGAAUACGGACGUCAGGCUUGCGAAAUGGUGACCUGCUCGAAUUCGCUCAUCGCACUCCCGCAGUGCUGUGGCGAUUAUGAUGAUAAAAUCUACACCGAUACUCCUCUCACCAACACGGGAAAACAUGGCAUCCUGAUCGGAUUGAUCUUCAUGUUCUGCCAAGGCUUUGUUUACUGGUUCCUGGUCUACGGCACGGAAACCGGGCUCUUUAAGUGGCUCAGGGCUGCGAUGUCCUGCAAGAAAAAGCCGGAAGAGCAGGGAGCUUCCAAUGCAGCGUUCAGCUGGGAUCAAGACGAGAAGCCUGCCGCGAGCAUCGAAGAUUCCGACGUUAUCGCUGAGAAGCAGAAUGUGCUAAAUCUGGACCCGGAUCAUACCGCUGUCUGCGUGAAAGAUCUAAAGAAGACCUAUGGAAAUUUCACCGCCGUUAAGGGCGUGAACUUCCACGUGAACAUUGGGGACUGCUUCGGACUGCUGGGUGUGAAUGGGGCUGGAAAAACAACAACUUUCCAGAUGUUGACUGGUGAGAAUGAGAUCACUGGAGGUGAUGCUACGGUGAAGGGAUACAGUGUGAAGAAUGAUUGGAGAGGAGCCGGAGCCAACAUCGGCUACUGCCCACAGUUCGACGCAAUCAUCAAGGAGAUGAGCGGAGAGGAAACGCUGUACAUGUUUGCCAGAAUCCGCGGCAUACCGGAAGCUGACAUUCCACAGAUGGUUGAUGCUGUAAUCCACUCGAUCGGUAUCGGCAUCUAUGCCAAACGCCAAAUCAAGGGAUACAGUGGUGGAAACAAGCGCCGUCUUUCCCUUGGAAUGGCGCUUGUUGGUCUUCCCGAUGUUCUUCUCCUUGAUGAACCGACCACCGGUGUCGACCCAAAAGCCAGGAGAAUCAUUUGGAACAUUUUGUCCAAGGUCCGAGAACAAGGCACAGCUCUUGUGCUUACUUCCCAUUCGAUGGACGAGUGUGAAGCUCUAUGUACAGAAUUGGCCAUCAUGGUCUAUGGACAGUUCCGUUGCUACGGAAGUUGUCAGCAUAUUAAGAGUCGAUAUGGUGCCGGUUACACCCUACUGGUCCGUUUGAAGGAUGGGAAAGACCCUAGACAGGCGAUGAACCGAAUACUGUCACAAUUCCCUGGGUCAAACUUGAAAGAGGAGCACGUACAACAGCUGAACUUUGAGUUGCAGCGGCGGGAUGGAGAGACCUGGUCUGGGUUGUUUGAGCAGAUCGAGAAGAUUGCCACCGAGCUCGAUUUUGAGGACUAUUCGCUGAGUCAGACAACUUUGGAACAGGUGUUCCUCGAGUUCUCGCGAGAUGCUGGUGUCUCUUCAGAAGAUGGACCGCCACUUAUCCAGCCGUCCAAGCAGAACGGACAUUCGAAUGGCAUCCAAACUUCCGUCUAUAACACCCUUGUC